CGCCGCUCGGCCAACUCCCGGCAAGUCGCUCCGGAAGGCAGCCGAUCCGCAACUUCGCCGCCACCUGCCGCCGCCGCCGCCGCCUCCAUGCGCCCCUGGGCCGGGCCUCUGGGCGGCCGGACCCCCGGCGGGGUGGGGCGCUGCCCAGCUCGGGGCGGCCGUUAGCUGCCGGCGGGGGCCCCCGGGCGCCUUUGCGGGCCCGCGGCGGGACCCCAUGAAGAUCACGGGGCUGCUCUGGAUCAAAAGCAGGCAUAUGCUGCAGUGCCUCUGUGGAGGGCGCCUGAAUACCAGCACCUCCUCAGAACCUCAGCUGAAAGGGAUCGUGACCAGAUUAUUCAGCCAGCAGGAAUUCUUCCUACAGAUGCACCCGGAUGGAACUAUUGACGGGACCAAGGACGAAAACAGCGACUACACCCUCUUCAACCUCAUUCCAGUGGGCCUACGUGUGGUGGCUAUCCAAGGGGUGAAGGCCGGCCUCUACGUGGCCAUGAACGGCGAGGGGUACCUCUACAGCUCUGACAUCUUUACACCUGAGUGCAAAUUCAAGGAGUCCGUCUUUGAAAACUACUAUGUGAUCUAUUCUUCCACGCUGUACCGGCAGCAGGAAUCGGGGAGAGCCUGGUUCUUGGGACUCAAUAAAGAAGGACAGAUUAUGAAGGGCAACCGGGUGAAAAAGACCAAGGCUUCCUCACAUUUUGUACCCAAACCCAUAGAAGUGUGCAUGUACAGAGAGCCUUCCCUGCAUGAGAUUGGAGAGAAGCAAGGACGUUCUCGGAAGAGUUCGGGGACGCCCACCAUGAACGGAGGCAAAGUGGUCAACCAGGACUCCACAUAGCCUGACCAAGUGCCCACCACCCUCCUCCUCUUCCUCACGGGCAACCAAUCCCUGCCACUUGCCCACCGCCACCCGCCCGCUCGCCAGGCCCCCCACCCCAGCGAGGCUGGAGCCGAGAUCCACGGGCGACUUCCCUCCGCGCAGGACGAGGCGUCCAUGCCUCCUGCUCUGGGACAGAGUCCAGCGUACACACACACACACACACACACACACACACACACACACACACACACUUGUAGGCACACCCACAAACACACGUGAAAGGGAGUGUAUAUUCAACUGAGCGUGGACGCAGGAGAGCUUCAUUGAAUAUAGAUUCCAUCUAGGAUUCCCAUUUACAUUUGAAACAGCAAAACUCUGCUCCAUUACUUGGAUGGGGGAACUGGUCAUCCCCGCAUAACAAAUAUUAUUAUUACUAUAAAUAAAUUAUCUAUCUAUAAUAAAUGCAUAAUAAAGGUGUUAUCUUUAAAAAUAAAACAGAUUUGCUUUUUGGA